CCGGCGCUGCAGACCGCUGCGGUGGUCGCCAUCGGCGCUCAGUGUUCGAGACUGCAGGAUCCCGUGCGGGCAACGCUGCGCAGCAGGUGUCCCGGGCGUCCCGGGCGCUCUCCUACUUGGGGAGGUUCUGGUAUUACUGUGCUCUUCUGGGUACCUUGUUAUCCUUUCCAUCUCUGCUGAGUUCUUGGCUAGACACAGUUGUGUUUCUGUGGAGGCCUGGGAAGAUGCUGCCUUUGGAGAGGGCACUGGCCUCCCCUAGAAGCUCCCCACCCCACCCAGAACCACCUACAUUUCAAUCACAAGAUAGAUUCCAGAAGGAAGAGCCUAGCCAGCAGGAUGAAUCCAUCCAGGAAGAAGAACCCAUCCAGCUGCUAGAACCUAGUCUGAAGGAUGAGCCCAACCAGGGAGAAGAAUCUAUUCAACAGGACAAUCUUCCCAACCAGAGGGAAGAACUCAGUGAGCAGCAAGAACCCGGCCAGUGGGAAGGACCUGGCCAGGAGGAUGUACCCAUGCAGCAGGAAGAACCUAUGCAGCAGGAUGAGCCUUGCCAGUGGGAAGAACCCAUGCAGCAGGACAAACCCAUCCACCAGGAAGAACUCAUCCCACAGGAGGAACCUAUCCAAGGGGAACCUAUCCAACAAGAAAAACCCAUCCAGCAGGAGGAGCCUAUCCAACAAGAAGAACCCAUCCAGCAAGAGGAACCUAUCCAACAAGAAAAACCCAUCCAGCAGGAGGAGCCUAUCCAACAAGAAGAAUCCAUCCAGCAAGAGGAACCUAUCCAACAAGAAAAACCCAUCCAGCAGGAGGAGCCUAUCCAACAAGAAGAACCCAUCCAGCAAGAGGAAUCUAUCCAACAAGAACCCAUCCAGCAGGAGGAACCUAUCCAACAAGAAGAACCCAUCCAGCAAGAGGAAUCUAUCCAACAAGAAGAACCCAUCCAGCAGGAGGAGCUUAUCCAACAAGAAGAACCCAUCCAGCAGAAGGAACCUAUCCAACAAGAAGAACCCAUCCAGCAGGAGGAGCCUAUCCAACAAGAAGAACCCAUCCAGCAGGAGGAGCCUAUCCAACAAGAAGAACCCAUCCAGCAGGAGGAGCUUAUCCAACAAGAGGAACUCAUCCAGCAGGAGGAACCUACCCAACAAGAACUCAUCCAGCAGGAGGAUCCCAUUCAACAGGAUGCCUCCAUCCUACAGGAGGUCAUCCAGAAGGAGGAGCCCAUUCAGCAGGAUGCUUCUAUCCAACAGGAACUCAUUCAGCCCGAAGAGCCGAUUCAGGAGGAACUGACCCUGAAGGAGGAUUCCAUUCAGCAGGAUAAGUCCAUCCAAAAGGAAGGAUUCAUCCAGCAGGAGGAGACCAUUCAUAAGGAUGCUUCCAUUCAUCAGGAUGCUUCCAUUCAACAGGAACUCAUCCAGCAGGAGGAAUCCAUUCAGCAGGAUAUGUUGAUCCAAAAGGUAGAUUUCAUUCAGCAAGAGAAACCCGUCCAGCAGGUAGGGCCCAGCCCGCAGGAGAAACCCAGCCAGCAGGAGGAAGCCAACCAGCAGGCAGAACCUAGUCAAUCGGAAGAGCCUAGCCAAAAGGGUCUACCCAACCAACAGGAUGAAUCCAACCAACAGGAAGAGCCUAGCCCGCAGGAAACAGAAACCAUCACGGAGAGAUCUGCUGCUGACCUUACGGAGAGAUCUGCUGCUGACCUUGAGUUUUCCCGCCUGCGCUUUCGGGAGUAUGUCUACCAGGAGGCAGCUGGGCCUCACCAGACUCUGGCCAGGCUUCAUGAGCUAUGCCGCCAGUGGCUGCGGCCUGAGGCUUGCUCCAAAGAGCAGAUCCUGGAGCUGCUGGUUCUGGAGCAGUUCCUGGGCAUUUUGCCAGACAGGUUUCGUCCCUGGGUGGUAGCCCAGUAUCCUGAAAACUGCAAGAAGGCUGCCUCCCUGGUGGAGGGUCUCUCUGACAUCCUGGAGGAGCCAGGAACGAUGUUGUGUUCCCCGGGUGGGUCAUCAUCUUCAUUCAGCGAGGGAGACUAUAAGAGGUGUCCUGAGCCCCUGCUGCCACCACGUGGGUUAUUGAGUCCCAGCAGAAACCUAAGACCUAGGGACAUCCUUGUACGCCGUGAUACUUCUCCCCUUCUUCCAGCCUGGCCUACUCUGGAAUCUGUGCAUCUGCAUGAAGAACAUACGGGAGAAAAGAAUGAAGAGGCUAUCUCUGCCACAGCUGAGCCAAAGGAGCCUCUACAGUCAGAAUGGGAACACCUGGACCCCACAGAGGAUAACCUGACCAGUUACGGCAAGCUGCUCCUGUGGGGGUGUCAGUGUUUCCAGGCUGGCCCAUCCUCUACUCUGGACACAGAGGAACCAGAGGGACCCCGUGUGGCAGAAGAACUGCCAGGAGGAAGCCUCUCAGACAGCACCGGGCAGCGGGAAAGCAAAGGAAAUGUGUGUGAGGACAUCUCCAUGGGGGAAACACUGACGGAGAGGCUUCCAGGGGAUGUUCCCGUUAGCCCUUCAGUAGAUACUGCCAAGGAGGAGGAGAUACAGCAACCUCAGAAGGCUCUGGAUGCUGAGGAUGAGGAUGCAAAUCCCGCCAGUCCCCAGAGGCAAUCAUCUAUCCGGCAGUCAGCCCAGGACACGGGUACCCCACAUCCAGGCACUGGGACAAAGAGGCCUCAUCCAGAUGAUGAGGACGAAGAGGACCCUGAGUGUUCUUCCAGCGCCGGCAGCUACAAGCUGCCAUUUGAUGCAGGGAAGGUGCUGCGUGUGGAUGACCAUGAUUCUGGGAAGGACCCAGGGACUUCUGAUGCCGGAUGCCCCUUAGCUGAGGAGUGUGAUGUAGCCCAAGGGAAACCUUACACAUGUGGUGAAUGUGGGGAGGCCUUUGCAUGGAUCUGGAACCUCAUGGAACAUCACAAGAGCCAUAACACUAAGACAGGCUAUGUGAGCCAGGACUGCAGGAACCCCUUUCAGUUCAGCUUGGCUGUCGGUCAAGCACAAGAGUCCCAUAAAAAAAAAAAAAAAAACAAAGCUACGCCCAGAGCUCCUCUGCCACAAGCAGAGCUCACUGGCGAGAGGAUUGACAGCUGCUAGUGUAUUUGGGUGGUUUUCCCUGUAUAACCUGAGGUGUAAGGAUGAGCAACUCUGCUGUGAGUAUCUCGUGACGUGACAGUUGUAGCAUGAGUGUUCUUAAGGCUCGUGUGGUGGCAGCUUCCUGUGGUAUCUGUGGGCACAUCUGUGUUUACUUUCUGGAUGCUAAUGUGCUGAAAGCAACUGAAGAAGGGCAUGGCCCAUAGGAAGCCGUCAUCUUAGAAACACACCUUGGGUUAAUGGCCUAUCCUGUAGGCCCUCGGAUGUAAGGGAAAACCCCUUUUAUGUAGUGUUCUAAUACAGCACAUACUCUGGUCAUGUGACAUUGUACAAAGUGUUGAGUUGCCUUAAAGUAUGCGAUCUGUUGGCGCUUUCCUGAGCUUUCCUUGCCUCCGUUGCUUUUCCUGGAAACCCUGUUCACACAUAAUUCCUGCCAUCUAUUUGGCCUUUUUGUAAAUAUGUGCUGCCAGGUUUACUACUGAAUCCUCAAGAGCAAAAACUUCUGAGUUCAAGUCACAUGUCUUUUAAUGUAUGGAGUUGUUUGCAAAGAUCAUAAUGCUUAUUUUAGGCUGUGGCUUUCAGCCCAUUAGUGAAUUGUGAAAUCCAGUUAGUGGAUGGCCACUGGCAUUACAAAGUAAUGAAUUAGAAUAAAGUAGGCCAGAAUGAAUCAUGUUUUAAAGGCAAGUAUUUUGUGAGACUUCUCAGCUGUGUAUCUAAUAUCAGAGCUGUCUCCCAUGUUAAAUGUAUUUAUUACGGGGUAUGAUCAAACCAGGUUUAAAAAUACCAACAAAGGUCAAAGAAAUGCUCUGUGUCUGAGCUAAGAGAACCAAAUGUGACCUACAUAGGUGAUCUUAUGGUUUUGCGCUAACUUCAGAUUACAGCAUUGUUUCUGUUGCCUUACCAUACAUUUAAUUGCCCUGCAGAUACAGAAAGGUGCCUCUUUCUGUAAGUGUUUGAGGAGGUAAUUUAUGUAACCCCCAAAUCAGAGGCUUACCAUAAUAAAGUAUUUAUUUCUUCAUUCA